GCUGUCUCAUCCAAAGGCCCUUAUCGUCUUCAACUGGUUGCUCCACAAGGCUGGAAUUUCGUUCCAAAAGACGGAUAUGAUGUCCAAGUCACAGGUGCUAAACAAAAUGAGGAGUAUGUUUUCUUUCUCACAGGGUUCGAUGUUAGUGGUCAGGUAGCCACUGCGGGCUUGAAAACCGGCCCGCCAAACUUAUAUGUGUCUGCAUUGGCCGGCGCAGAAUCUCCACAUUCCAAUGUCGUGAUCACUCAGAGUAAGACUACUGCCGACGGCAGUUUCACCCUCUCCUCUUUGUCUCCGGGAGAAUACUUGGUGGCCGUCAGUGACUCAAAAGUGAUAAAUGGCCAGGAAGAUGUCAGGUCAAGCGCCAAAAUCACUGUAUCAACAAGCAGUUUCAGAAUGCCCCAACCUUUAGUCCUCCAGGGCCAUGUUCUACGUUCCAGUGUGACAUUUGCCGGAAAGGGAAUUGCAAAAAUCCGCGUCCUUUUGUACGUCUCCAAGGGCAAUACCUUAACGACGAGUGAUAUUGAAAAGUUUGGUUGUUCCAAGGUUCCGGAAAAAUCCUCGUAUCCGAUUUCCAGUGAACUCUUGUCAAAAGUAGUUCAAAAACCCGUUUGCCUGACCGUCACCGACUCCGAAGGCGUCUUCUCCUUCUCUCGCCUGGCGGGUGGGGAGUACUUUUUGGUAGCCCAUCACGAGGCUUCCCUUACGCCAGAAUUGAAGUCCCAGCGUCUCGUUAUUGAGCCACCUUUCUUGAGAGCUCAGAUGGAACACCGCGAUCUCCUGCUAGAGCCUGGCUUUUCGGUGACCGCCUUUCAGCUAUCCGGUGGGCGUGUUCACCUCUCUAAUGUUCCUGUCGUUGGCGCCAAGAUUCUCCUCGAUGGCAAAAUUUCUGCCGAGUCGGAUAAGACAGGCUCUUAUGAACUGAUGAUCUCAAAGCCUGGAACUUACAAAAUGGAAGUAGAAUUUCCGAAAUACCAAUUCCCUGAGAGGACUGUUGAACUCUCUCCAAUGACCGACCGCCUCCCCGAGUUCUCGCCCUCGGCCGUGCAAUUAUGCGGGCAAUUUCUCUUCAGUGCAUCUUCCAAAACAGAUCAACAGUUCGCUGACGGCUCACGCGUGAUAGGGACUGCUGUUGCCUCCUUGUCCGCGGAUCACAACUCUGCCAAGUUCUGCACCUACUUGCCACCUGGAAAGCACUCUCUUCGACUGACCAAACUCUCCGAGUUUGUCCGAUUCUCGCCAUCGAACCUUGUCGUCGACCUCAGUGCUGGUCCACCAAAGGACCUUCUCUUCACCCAAUUCCAGGCCAAGGUGGAGGGUGAGAUCUUCUGUGCG